AUGGACGAAUGUGCUCGUCGGGCAUGCGGCCCAGGUACUAUGGGUGAUCAGGUCACCCCUCUAUUGCUACAGACGGAACUGGAGGGCUUUUACCGAGGAGACCCACCGCCGAUGGCGGGGGUUUCGUUGCUUCGCUUGCUCUCGGCCCUGGAUGCCCUCCUGGCCCUUUCCGUCGUAUCUUCGGGUGUUCGCUCGUCACAGUUGCAGCUGCUCUGGAAGUUUGUUUCGGUUGAGCAAGCUUUGUCGACAAAUCACUCUCCUUCCUCAGACGCGGACAUCAUUCAUAUGUUCACUCCUGACAAGGACCCUAAUGAAAUGUUGGAGUACAUGCGUACGUUCAGGAGUGCGACGAGGCAGUUUAAAGUUCCGCCUCUUGCCGCGCUUGAGCAUAGUAGGCUUGGUCCUUUGCAGUGGUGGUUCGCUGCUGGUAAAUUGCUUACCAUUCUAUCCCCAAUAUCCAACGUCACUCAAUUGCUUGCAGAUAGCAUUCCUAGCGAUGGCGCGAUGCAUCGGCAGGACAUCUACGAUGGCGUUCUACAACUAUUUGCGGAGCGACGCAGUCGGACUAUCGUACCUUCGGUCCAGCCGGAUCCUACCCGCGUGAUCCAAAACACCUGGAACUUCGACAUCGUCGCUGACUCAACCGCCGAGACUGACGCAUACGUCGAACUCAGCGUUGAGCGGAACUCGUCACCUGGUAUGGCGCCGUCGGCCGGGAGUGCAGCUGUCACAGCUCGCAGGAGAUUUGUGUCACCUUGGCUUCCUCCAUACGAGUUUCAGGGGGAGAUUACUUGGCGGAUUGAGGACCUGAACCGGCUUGUUGAGGAUCUCUUGAACUGGCCAUUGGGGCAAUCUGUUCCACAUGCUUUGAUCUGGGAGCACCCGGCAAUGCACGGGUGUCUUGUGGACGCCGCUGGAUGCGCGGUGCAAUUUCAGGUAGGUUAUGGUUAUGAUUACAUCAUUGGCCACCCGUCAACUAAAGUCAUCCAUCAGGUGCGGUGCAGCGUAUGCGAAAGGCUCAACCGCCAUUGUUAUUGGCGAGGCGCAAAGGCUUGCCUGUCGUGCUUCUGGGAGAAAGCCUCUCAAGGCUCUUGCACCGGAGCCGUUCCACCGGAUCUCAGACCAGCACAACAUGGGGAGUACAAGCCUCAGUUGGCUCGCCGUGUGGAAUUUCUACAGAGGCUGGAGGGUCGGGCGUGA